AUGACCGCCGGCAAGGUGUCCGGGACCACACGGUCCCGGCGGAGUCUCGCCCCGCCAUCCAGCACCGACGAGUUUGAGCUCCUGUCGCCCGAGGAGAAGGGCUACUUUUCGACCAACGACUUCCUGCUGAAUAGUUCGGCCCCGCCGCUGCCCGUGCCGCUGGACUUGGACCUGUAUAAGACGGUGCAGUGCCGCGCUCGGCGCCUGCGCCAGUCGCAAUUGUACGGGCGCCGGGCCGGCCGGUCGACGGCCUUCUUCAAUUCGGUCUCCUCCUUCCGCAAGGGGGUCCGGCUGUUUUUCUCCUCGUUCAUCCCCUGGACCGACCGCAUCAAUCGCAUUGAGGUCCUUUACGGCGGCGCCUACGCCUCCUUCUUCGUGAUGAUGCGGUGGAUUCUGUUCCUAUGCUUCCUGAGUUUCGUCAUGUCUCUGUGCUUCUUGUUCAUCCCGGGCAUGUUGGUCUUCGACUUCUCCUCGAGCCACAUCGACUUCUUCCCCUACUUGCCCGAUGUUUUUGGCGAAGUCACUGCCACUUCCUUCUUCUUCUAUGGCGGGUACCCGCCGAAGUCGGCCUCCACCCUGGGCGGCUACAACUUCCCGCUUGCCUUCUUCCUGUGCGCCAUGUGCGCCCUGCUCCUGUCGGCGAUCUUCAUCUACAACCGCAUUCACGCCUUCUGGUCCGCCUCCAGCAGUAUGACGCGCUCAUUCAACAGCAAUCUUUCCCGGUCGUCCCCCUGCGCGUCGCUGGUCUUCUCCAGCUGGAACCACGCGCUGACGGCCCGGUCAGCCAUCCAGGCCCACCGGCAGGCCAUCACCAUUACCCUGAAGACGCACAUUUCCCGGGCCAACCUCCGGCGGCGGCGUCUCCAGCGCACCACCCGUCAGCUGCUCUUCCUGUGGGCUCUGCGGUUGCUGCUGAAUGUGCUCAUUCUGUCGCUUCUGGUGCUGGGCAUCGUCCUGAUCGCGGUGUUCGCCAGUACCCCGUCGUUGCAUUCGCGCACCCUGCACGUCGGCGACUAUGAGGUGGAAAUCAAGAUCACCGCCUUGCUGAUGACCGCCAUCAACAUCAUCUCUCCAUUUGUUUACGGCUUCCUCGGCGGCCUCGAGAGGUGGUCCAACCCGGCAGUCACAUACAAGCUGACGCUCUUCCGGACCUACGUCAUGCGCAUUUUCAGCCUGCUCUUCCUGGUGGUGGGCUAUUUCAUCUCCGCCUCCCCGGGCAACCCGUGGGACUUUCCCACCGGGGCCGGGGCCGGGGCCGGAGCGCUGCAGUCAUUCCUGUCCAUUAUCGCCAGCAGCGCAUCAGCUUCCAGUGGCAGCACCGUCGAGGAUCGCUGCUGGGAAACCUCCCUCGGCAUGGAGUUGCACAGUCUCCUGUGGACCUCCUUCCUGACGUCCAGUGUCUUGACCUUCAUCAGCCCCCUCUUCUGCCGGCACUUCCUCGGCUGGCGCCAUAUCGAGCUUGAUGUGGCCAACGAUUCGCUCAAUCUCAUCUACUUCCAAGCCAUCAUCUGGUUCGGCAUGUUUUACUCCCCGAUGGUGGCCCUCUUCGGCAUGCCCAUGGUGGUCAUCCUCUUCUACCUGAAGAUCUGGGCCACCCAGUGGCUCCUGUCCCCGCCACGCUAUCUGAUCUCCAUCUACUCCUUCGCGCGGACCUGCCUGCUGGCCAUGCUGCUGACGCUCUUCAUCUGCACCGGCACCCUGACGUAUGGGUUCCUGGUGCUGAAGCCGGCGUGCGGGCCGCACGCCGGGCUCGAGUCCGCCGCGCACUCGCUGGUGGACGCCAUCUUGCACCUGGCGCAGCCCUGGCGCAGCAUCUUCCUCUUCCUUUCGACCCGGGCCUUCCUCCUGUGCCUGCUGGUGCUGAUCCUGGCGGCGCUGGUCUUCUCGGACUUCCGCCGGUCGCAGGCCGCCCGUCGGGCGUCCGAGUCGCGCGGGGAUCUGCAGGUGGAGCAGGAAAACAAGCGCUUCCUCAUCAAUUACUACUUCGGCCGGACGCUCAUCCAGCCGUCGGCCGGGUGGGCCAGCUCCAAUCGCAUGUCCGAAUUGCCGGAGCUGGGUGCCCUGCCGGCUGACCAGCCCGGCCAGCCGCCCCCCCGGCGGCCGGUCCUGGCCGAGGCGGUCGGCGUGUCGCCCUCCUCCAACCCGCACACCCCGCGCCCGGUGUCGGUGUUCGAGGCGCCCGGCCCGGGCACCGGCUCCGGCUCCACCAUCCCCCCGGCGCCGCCAUUGCCCCCGGGCCCGAACAUGCCCCCGCGGUCGGGAGCAGCGCCGGGGCCGGGGUCGUCGCCGCCGCCGCCGCCCUACUCGACCCCGGUGGUUCCGGCCCCUUACAGCCCGCCGCCUCCGCCGGGUCUCUACCCCCCGGCGCCGCCGGGCCCAUACAUGCCGGCCCCCGUGCCGUCCUUCCUGCACCGGCAUCCGUACUACAUGUUCCCGGAGGAUGUUCUCCUGCAGGACAUGGGCGCCAGCUACUCCUUCGCCGAGGAGUUCGGUGGUGGCGAGAUCAACCGGUGGUACUAUUAGCACCACGCGCGUGCUCCUCCCCCGUCGGCUGGCCGGCCGUAUCGCGGUGUGCUCCCCUGCUGUGUCCCUCCCCGCGCGGCAGGCGUGCGUGUGUACGCGU